AUUUAUUAUUUUUAAUUUUUCACUAAGACACUGUGCUGCGUAAACUUGUGAUUUUCAUUUCAGUCCCAUUCACUAUUGUUGUGCCGGCUUAAUGGUAGUGCACUCCCUACAAGGCUUACAUGUUUUGAGUUAGAAGUACAAUCAGGAAGAACAUUUAAGCGAAGCUCAGACACAGAGCAUUGGACGUUCAUGUAUGUCAAGCAUAUCACUGUCAGUGCGGGCUGUUCAGCUCCUGGAGAUGACUCUGUGGUUGAGCGCUGUCAGAGGGCAGAGUGGUCCGGUGGGGGGAACACAGCCUCGGUGUCUGCAAGGACUUCCUUGUGGGCACAGACGCCCACUCUUCCUCCACAGCGGGGGUUAUGUUUAAUACUCACGACAGCUGCUUGUAGAACAGUUUCUCAGAUGUGUUCACCACUGAGUUCAUUUCACGUGAUGUUUUUUUUCUCUCUCUCUCUUUUAUCUCGUGACCACUUGCCCCGCCGCCGCCCGUAACACAGAAAGCAUCCGGAAGCGAGGAAAGAGGGAGACCCAAAUGCCGAGAAGGGAGACCCAGAAUUCAUUAAGCGCCAGGAGCAGAAGAAGUCUGACCUGGACGACCAGCUGAAGGAGUACAUCGCGGAGUGGCGCAAGCAGCGGGCCAAGGAGGAGGAUGAGCUCAAGAGGCUCAAGGAGAAGCAGUCUAAGCGCAAGGUGAUGCGCGCGGACGAGGAGAAGCGCAUGGCCGAGCGCAAGAGGCAGGACGAGGAGCGCAGACAGAGAGAGGUGGAGGAGAAGAAGCAGAGAGACAUCGAGGAGAAGAGACGGCGCCUGGAAGAGGCGGAGAAGAAGCGCCAGGCCAUGAUGCAGGCGCUCAAGCAAGACCAGAGCAAGAAGGGCCCCAACUUCACCAUCACCAAGAAGGACCAAGCGUUCAACAUGUCGUCGGCGGCGCUGGAGCGCUCCAAGACCAAGGAGCAGCUGGAGGAGGAGAAGAAGAUCUCGCUGAGCUUCCGCAUCAAGCCGCUGGACAUCGAGGGCCUGAGCGUGGACAAGCUGCGCGUGAAGGCCCAGGAGCUGUGGGACAACAUCGUGCGGCUCGAGACGGAGAAGUACGACCUGGAGGAGCGCCAGAAGAGGCAGGACUACGACCUGAAAGAGCUGAAGGAGAGACAGAAGCAGCAGCUCAGGCACAAAGCUCAGAAGAAAGGCCUGGACCCAGAAGCGUUAACAGGAAAGUACCCACCCAAGAUACAAGUCGCCUCCAAGUAUGAGCGUCGUGUGGACACCAGGUCGUACGACGACAAAAAGAAAUUAUUUGAAGGCGGUUGGGACACUAUACUGUCCGAAGUAAGUGAAAAGACUUGGAAAUCCAAGUACGAAACGUUUUCCAAGCGCAGCAAGUCCAAGCUGCCCAAGUGGUUCGGGGAGCGACCGGGCAAGAAGAAGGGCGACCCCGAGAGCCCGGACGAGGAGGAGGUGAAGGCGGUGGUUGACGACGACCUGGAGGAGCCCAUCUACGAGCCCGAGCCAGAACCCGAGGAGGAGGCCGCAGAGGAGGAGGUAGAGGAGGAGGAGGAGGAGGAAGAGGAGGAGGAAGAGGAGGAGGAAGAAGAAGAGGAAUAAGCGACUACUUCAAGGGGACAAGCUGUUUCGUCAGAGCUGAGAUCCUGAACGCCAGCGAAUCAGGACCGGCAUCUCGGCCCGUUAACAACAGACACUUAACUGCUCCGUGUGUCAUCUGGCUAUUUAUAUGUGACAAAAUAAUUUUUAAUUUAUAUACAUACAUUUUUUUUUUGUUGUCCAAAAAAGAAUUUUGAAUAUGUUUUGUCAUAUAAUGGCUGUUGUUUAAUGUACGUCAAAAGAACUUUCCAUUAAAACUGUUGAAGCCAA